AGUAUUCGGAGUUUCAGAUUCUUAACUUAAACAAGCUAAGAACCUUCAGGCAUCUCAAGAGUUUCAAGUGAUGAUGAUGAGCACUUGGAAUCCUCAUACCAAACUGAAACGACAAGAAACCGCUCGACCUUUUCGACUACUCCAGCAAUUACUAGAUAAACGUUCUAAACUUUCAAUUAUUUACAAAACACUUAUAUAUAUGACUAUAAUAAGGCCUAUUUGGAUUUACGAAAUCGAGCUUUGGUGCUCUACUAAACCAUGGAAUCCCUAUCGUAUCCAAUCUUUACAAUCCAAAAUCCUUCGUAAAAUCCUGAAUGCUCCUUGGCCCAAUCCAUAUACCUAUCCUUCUGAACCAUCCGAACCCUCCUGUUUCUAAUCUUGCUUUCUCACCU